AUGUGUCCAGAAAACGUAGAUUUGAUUAUUUCCGCAAUUAGUCUUUCUGCGAACACUGUUGCUCGUAGGGUUGAACAUAUUGAAAGAAAUAUUAAAUCACAGCUAAAAGACAAAGCCAGCAGUUUGUUUGUAUGCUUUUCUGUUGCACUUGAUGAGUCAAUUGAUGUAUCAGACACAUCCCAAUUGUUAUUGUUCAUCAGAGGAAUAAAUGCCAAUUUUGAGAUUACUGAGGAACUUGUAUCUGUGCACAGCAUGCAUGGAACAACAACAGGCAUAGAUAUUUUUAGAGAAGUGGAAAAGUCAGUGGCUGAGUAUAAUUUGGAAUGGAAAAAACUAAAAUGCAUAACAACAGAUGGUGGCAGAAAUAUGUGUGGAACCAAAAAGGGCUUAGUUGGGCAAAUUAUUAACAAACAAGCACUGUGUGGAAAGCAUCUUGAUUUAUCAUCUGUAUUAGAUCCUGUGAUUUCCACUGUUAACUACAUAAGAUCUCAUGGACUCAAACAUCGCCAAUUUCGUGAUUUCUUGGAGGAAAUGAAUGCUGAGUUUCCAGACCUACCUUACUAUACUUCAGUAAGAUGGCUUAGCUAUGGAAAAAUUCUGGCUAGAUUUUUUGAGCUUCGAACUGAAAUUGAAAUAUUUUUAAAUGAGAAAAACCAUUCACAGGUGUUGCUCAAAGACAGUGAAUGGCUCUGGAAAUUAGCAUUUUCAGCCGAUUUAACUAUGCAUCUCAAUGAUUUCAACCUACGGAUACAAGGUGAAACUUCACUCAUCUGUGAUUUGUACUCAAAGGUGAAAGCUUUUCGUAAGAAAUUAAUACUAUUUGAAACUUUGAAACAACAGUUUGAAGAACGUUUUUCUGAUCUUGAUGCAUGUUCUUCAAAACUAAGAAUUUUUGAAAAUCCAUUUAACUCUGUUAUUGGAGACUUCCUUCUGAGUUACAAAUGGAAGUUAUUGAUUUGCAAUCCAAUGACAUCCUGA